GGGAACCAAGAAGGCCGAAUUGUACACACUUCGCUCCGGAGAAUCGACACAUUGGAUCCAAGAUGACGGACUCAAAGUAUUUCACCACUACCAAGAAAGGAGAGAUCUUUGAGUUGAAGGCAGAACUGAACAGCGAUAAAAAGGAGAAGAAGAAAGAGGCGGUGAAAAAAGUCAUCGCGUCCAUGACCGUGGGAAAGGAUGUCAGUGCGCUUUUCCCAGACGUGGUGAACUGUAUGCAGACGGAUAAUCUGGAGCUGAAGAAACUGGUUUAUCUCUACCUGAUGAACUACGCCAAGAGUCAGCCGGACAUGGCCAUUAUGGCUGUUAACACUUUCGUUAAGGACUGCGAGGACCCGAACCCUCUGAUCCGUGCUCUGGCGGUGCGAACCAUGGGCUGUAUCCGUGUGGAUAAGAUCACUGAGUACCUCUGCGAACCCCUGCGCAAAUGUCUGAAGGACGAAGACCCUUACGUGAGGAAGACUGCAGCCGUGUGCGUGGCCAAGCUCCACGACAUUAACGCCCAGCUGGUGGAGGACCAGGGCUUUCUGGACACACUGAAGGACCUCAUCUCCGACUCCAACCCCAUGGUUGUGGCGAACGCAGUAGCUGCUCUGUCUGAAAUAGCAGAAUCUCACCCCAACAGUAACCUGCUGGACCUUAACCCUCAGACCAUAAACAAGCUGUUGACUGCUCUCAAUGAGUGCACCGAGUGGGGUCAGAUCUUCAUCCUGGACUGUCUGGCAAACUACACACCACGAGACGACCGCGAGUCGCAGAGUAUCUGUGAGCGUGUUACUCCGCGGCUGUCUCACGCCAAUUCGGCCGUGGUGCUUUCGGCUGUGAAGGUCCUGAUGAAGUUCAUGGAGAUGUUACCCAAGGACCUGGACUAUUAUGGCACCCUGCUGAAAAAACUGGCGCCCCCUCUGGUCACUCUGCUGUCUGCUGAACCCGAGCUUCAAUACGUCGCCCUGAGGAACAUCAACCUCAUCGUCCAGAAACGGCCUGAGAUUCUGAAGCAUGAGAUGAAAGUGUUUUUCGUGAAGUAUAACGAUCCCAUUUAUGUCAAACUGGAGAAACUUGACAUUAUGAUCCGCCUGGCCUCCCAGGCCAACAUCGCACAGGUUUUGGCCGAGCUGAAAGAGUACGCCACAGAGGUGGACGUCGACUUUGUGCGUAAAGCUGUCCGAGCCAUCGGUCGCUGUGCCAUUAAAGUGGAACAAUCAGCCGAGCGCUGUGUGAGUACCCUGCUGGAUCUGAUCCAGACUAAAGUCAACUAUGUGGUGCAGGAAGCCAUCGUCGUCAUCAAGGACAUUUUCCGCAAGUACCCAAACAAGUAUGAGAGUGUGAUUGCCACUCUGUGUGAGAACCUGGACUCUCUGGAUGAGCCGGAAGCUCGAGCCGCUAUGAUCUGGAUCGUUGGAGAGUACGCGGAAAGAAUCGACAACGCUGACGAACUCCUGGAAAGCUUCCUGGAGGGCUUUCAUGAUGAGAGCACACAGGUGCAGCUGCAGCUGUUGACAGCCAUAGUGAAAUUGUUCCUGAAGAAGCCCACAGAGACUCAGGAGCUGGUCCAACAGGUGCUCAGUCUGGCCACUCAGGACUCUGAUAACCCUGACCUGAGGGACCGUGGUUAUAUUUACUGGCGACUCCUGUCCACUGACCCGGUGGCGGCCAAAGAGGUGGUGCUGGCCGAGAAGCCUCUGAUCUCAGAGGAGACGGACCUGAUUGAGCCCACCCUCCUGGAGGAGCUGAUCUGCCACAUCGGCACGCUGGCCUCCGUCUACCACAAACCGCCCAGCGCCUUCGUGGAGGGCAGCCGCGGCGUCCAGCACAAGAGGCUCCCCGCACGCGCUGGGUCUGGUGAAAGUACUGACAGCCCAGAUGUAAGCCAGUCUGUUGGUGGAGCCACCGAAGCUGCACCCACCGUGAUCCCAUCUCAGGGUGACCUGCUGGGUGACCUUUUGAACCUUGACCUUGCUCCACCAGCUGCUGGGCCCACUGUCCCUCCCUCCAUGCAGUUGGGAGCGAUGGACCUACUUGGAGGGGGACUAGACAGUCUGCUCGGUGGAGACAUUGGCGGAAGCCCCGCGAUGGGUGCAGGUCUUGGCUCUACCCCUGCUGUGAUGCCCACAUCGCUUGGUGCCCCGCCUGUCGUCGGGGGCGGACUUGGUGACCUCUUUGACCUCGGGGGCAGCGUGGGAAUGCCGGCCGGUGCUUAUGUGCCGCCGAAAUCCGUUUGGCUGCCAGCAAUGAAAGCUAAAGGACUGGAAAUUUCCGGAACAUUUGCCCGGCGCUCAGGUGUCAUUCAAAUGGAGCUGUCGCUCACCAACAAAGCUAUGAGCGUAAUGACUGACUUUGCCAUCCAGUUUAACAGAAACAGUUUCGGCUUGGCCCCGGCAGGGCCCCUGCAGGUUCUCACGCCUCUCAGCCCAAACCAGACCAUCGAGGUGAGCCUCCCGCUCAGCACCAGCGGCCCCGUCAUGAAGAUGGAACCUCUCAACAACCUCCAGGUGGCUGUAAAGAACAACAUUGAUGUGUUCUACUUUAGCUGCCAGUACCCCAUCAGUCUGCUGUUUGUGGAAGAUGGAAAGAUGGAGCGUCAAGUGUUCCUGGCAACCUGGAAGGACAUUCCCAACGACAACGAGGCACAGUUUGUCAUCAAAGACUGCCACCUCAACUCAGAUGCUGCUAGCUCAAAGCUCCAGGGCAGUAAUAUCUUCACCAUCGCAAAGAGAACAGUGGACAACCAGGACAUGCUGUACCAGUCCAUAAAACUCACCAACGGCAUCUGGGUCCUCACCGAACUCCGAGUGCAGGGCGGGAACCCCAGCUACACGGAUCUGGAGUUGUCUGUAAAGUGCCGGGCCUCAGAGGUUUCCCAGUUUGUGUAUCAGUGUUACGAACUGGUGCUGAAGAACUGAUCACGGAGGAGCAAGCAGAGGGCCACCAGUGAAACCAGUCACGGUCUCUGAAACCAGUUCUCAGAAGUCCUUAACCUGUCACAGGGACUCCUCCAUCCUUUUUCCCAUCCCUCUCGUAACCACCUUUCCCACCCGUUCUGACGCUCCCACUCUGUUCCAAUGAAAACUCAGCCUUUAGGUUUAAAACUUUCAAAAACAGACGUUUUGCUUAUCCCCAAAAACGCCGAAAAGAGCAGUUUCUCUGAAACCGGCGAAAAAAAAAAAAAAAAAAAAAAACGAUAUCAAGUUGGGUUUCUUGUUUGUACCCCCCUCAACCUGCGUGUGUGUGUGUGUGUGUGACGUGAAUCUAUUUUACACUAACGCGUUGAAUCCCCACCGCCCAACCCACGGCCAAAGUCAAAUCUUUGCCGUCACAGUGGAGAACCCGUGUGUUCUGAAUCUCAUAGAAAAAUGACCUG